GAAAGAUAUUCCCUAAGAACGCCACGUGGUCGAACUGUAGUGAGCGGAAGACCAAGCUAUGGUUCGCUUCCCUUCCCUGACUGGUUGCCUCACCAAAGUCUAGUCUUCGCAGCCUCACUCCCUUUCUCUAUGUAAUCUUUGGUUCUUCAAAUUUGAGCUCGAUCCUGUCUCUUUUUUCACGACGAUCUGUUACUCGCAAUCUGUCGCAACUGUUUUAUGGAGGUUCAGGAGGAGACCAACACGUCUGAGGCCCAUUUGACAUCCGCUGCAGCUUUUGUGGAGGGUGGAAUCCAGGAAGCCUGUGAUGAUGCUUGCAGCAUUUGCCUUGAAUCCUUCUGUGAUAGUGAUCCUUCAACGGUGACCAGUUGCAAGCACGAGUUUCAUUUGCAAUGUAUUCUUGAAUGGUGCCAGAGAAGCUCACAGUGUCCCAUGUGUUGGCAACCUAUCAGCCUGAAGGAUCCCACCAGCCAGGAAUUGCUCGAAGCAGUAGAACGAGAGAGGAGUUUUAGGUUCAAUCCAUCUAGAAAUGCAACUAUAUUUCAUCAUCCAACUCUGGGGGAUUUUGAGUUACAACAUCAGUUACCGGUGGGCACAAGUGAUGCUGAACUUGAAGAGCGUAUAAUCCAGCACUUAGCUGCUGCUGCUGCAAUGGGACGAGCACGCCACAUUGCAAGAAGGGAAGGCCAAAGGAAUAGGUCAUCAGCUCAGGGUCGUCCUCAGUUCUUGGUAUUCUCAACUCAUCCUAAUGCACCCCCUGCUGCUCCUGCUCCACCUCAGAGGGAGGAAGGUGAAAAUGUUCCUGAAUCCACUGUGGCUGCUCUUUCUUCACCUAAUAUGACUGUGGGAGAACAACCUUUGCAACUGACUUCACCUGUACCUUCUCCCCAAGCUGACCUGAUUUCUGCCUCAGCAUCAGGUUCAAGUAGUCUUGCUGCAAACCAACAUGGGUCAGAUAGGACCCCCAUUCAACCAAUUCCAAGUAGUCAAGACAGAGCUGGACCUUCAGACCUCCAAUCAUUUUCAGAAUCAAUAAAGUCUCGACUAAAUGCAGUGUCAAUCAGAUACAAAGAAUCCAUUUCGAAGAGCACGAAAGGGUGGAGGGAGAAAUUAUUCUCACGUAAUACUUCUAUGGCAGAUCUUGGUUCUGAAGUUAAAAGAGAGGUAAAUGCAGGGAUUGCAACCGUAUCACGCAUGAUGGAGCGUCUGGAAACUAGAGACAAUAGUAAAACAAGUGUUGCUUCGGUGUCAAAUAGUUCAGAUAAUAGUUCAGUUGCAGAAUUAGACAACGAGUCUACAUUAGAGACUCGUGGUGACAAUUCUUUGAGGGAUACAAAUAAGCAAGUUUCAGAUGCUGCUGGUUCCAGUUCAACAUAAGCAUUAGUAGUUCUGCAACUGUAUCUACGUAAAGAAUUCCUUUUAUAAAGAAACGUGGCGAGUCUGUGGAUCACAUAUUAUUGCAUUGUGAUGUAGCUAGGAGCUUAUGGAACGAGAUUUUUGCAAGAGUGGGACUCUUUUGGGUAAUGCCAAGAAGGGUUGUUGACUUUUUGGCCAGCUGGCAAGGCAUCCAGGGUAACUCUCAAAUUGCAGCUAUGUGGAAGAUGAUACUGACCUGCCUAUGGUGGUGCAUAUGGAUGGAGAGGAACGGUUGGAGUUUUGAGGAUUGUGAACGGACAAUGGAUGAGCUUAGAAUUUUUUUUUUUCACACUUUAUUCCAUUGGUCAAUUGUAAUAGACUUUAAUGGCAUGAACGUACAGGAUUUUCUUGUAGCUUUAGACAAUCAGGCCUAGGUGUGGCUCUUGUAUAUGUCCCAUGUACUUGGCUUCACUUAUUUUUAGUAAAAUUCUUAUUUACCGAUAAAAAAAAAAUAUAGCAUAAACUACUUCCAAGCCAUACAAUAAUUACAGAAAUUCAACAAUCCCACAACACACUUUUCAGGAUGCUACUGGUGAAGUGAAAGCAAAAGAUGCUUUUGUUUUUUAUCAAGUAAUGAAACUUUUAUUAAAAGCACAUGGGGAGCAGUCCAAGUACACCUAGAAUAUACAUUAGGACACCUAACUAGCAACAAGAAGAAAUAGAGGAAAAUCAUUGAAAUCUAGAAAGCUAGUGAAUUGAGAGCUAUUGGGAGCAGCCAUGGAAACAUAGGAGUUGAGUGUUGUGGCUUUUAACCCUGUAAUUUCCUUUCUAAAUUUUCAAAAGUUUUUGCAUUGGAUUCUUCUUGUGAAAUACACCACAUUAAGUACAGGGAAACCAUCCUCCAAACUUUUACAUUUCUAUGACUUUCGGAAGGAUUCUACAAACAUGCCAACAAAUCCACCAGCUUGGACAUAACCCACUCAAUUCCAAAAGUGCUCAAUAUAGCAACCCAUAAGUUCCUAGCCUGCUCACAAUGUAGUAGAAGAUCCUGCUUAUCCCAUUUAAUUUGCUCAAACAACACCAUUCGAUUACCAUAUGUCUCUGUUCCAAGCUAUCCAUCUUUAAGAUUACUCCUCAAGAUUUCAUGAAGAUGGAUGGCUUAGAACAGAGACUGAGUAGUAAUGGAAUGUGGAGGAUAAAAUGGGUAUCUCUAUGUUUCUAGCUUGUUCUUUUCAAAAUGUGGAGGAUAUUUUAGGUGGGCUUUUGCUGGAAUUUAUGGCCCAAUUGUGGGCAGUGGUAGAAACAUUCUAUGGGAGGAGUUAGUCGAGUUACACAGCUGGUGGGACCUACCUUUUUGUAUAGGAGGGGACUUUAAUGUUAUAAGAUUAAUAUUCCCAAGUGAAAGAUCGGGAAAUAGCAAGUUGUGGCCAGCAAUGUUGAGUUUCUCAGACUGUAUUUUUGACUUGAGGUUCGUGGACAUUCCUCUCAUGGGUGCUGCAUUUACAUGGUCCAAUAACCAAAUGUAGUCUAGAUUUGACAUAUUCUUAGUUUUCUCAGAGUGAGAAACUCAUUACCUGGAAUAAUGUCAGAAAAGACUACCUCGCCUAUGUUUCGACCAUUUUCCCAUCUUGUUGGACUGUGAUUCAAGGAGGAUGGAGAUACUUUAAGUUCAAGAAUAUGUCGCUAACAACUGAAGGCUUUCUGGAAUGGGUCAGGCAAUGGUAAUCCUCCUAUCAGAUCCAAGGCACCCUUGGUUUUUUUUCUUGUAGGUAAAUUGAAAGCUUUAAAGAAAGAUCUAAAUUUUUGGAAUGUGGAGUCUUUUGGAGAUAUAGGCAAUAACAAGAAGUCACUAUUGGAGGAGCUUCAAGAGGUCGAGAGGGCACGGAAGGUACGAGCCCUUUCUUUGGAGGAACUCUCUCAAGAGUACAUAACUAGUUUCAAAACUAGAGAAGGCUACCCUAUUGGAGGAGAUAUCUUAGCGGCAAAAAUCUCGAGCUUUGUGGUUGAAAGAAGGUGAUCAAACUACGAAGUUUUUUCAUAGGAUGGCCAAUUUCCAUAUGAGAAUUAAUGCCAUUGAGAUGAUGAAUAUUGAAGGAGCUAUUUGGAUAGAGAUACUGUGAUUCAAGAACAUGUUGCCUGUUAUUUUGAACAGUUGCUUACCAAGCCAGAGGGGUGGAGGCCGAAGAUUGAUGGGCUAGCAUUUGAGUCCAUUGAGUAGUAGAAUGCCUCUUGGUUGGAGAGGCCGUUUGAGGAGACUGAGGUUCAUGAAGUGGUUGGGAAGAUGGUCAAAGAAAAAGCACUUGGUCUAGACAGAUUUUCUAUGGGUUUCUUCCAAUCUUGGUGGGAAGUGGUGAAGGAGGACUUAAAGAAGGUAUUUCAUGAAUUUUUUCCAGUUGGAAAAUUUGAGAAAAGUCUAAAUGCCACUUUUAUUGCACUUAUUCUCAAGAAGACUGGGCAUCAAUGGUUAAGGAGUAUCGGCACAUUAGCCUUGUGAAUGGGGUGUAUAAAAUCAUUCCCAAGGUGCUUGCAAAUUGUCUAGGAGAAGUUUUGGGGUGGAUCAUUACAAAAGCCCAAAAACACAUUCGUACGGGGUAGACAAAUAUUGGACUCAGUACUCAUCGCCAAUGAAUGCCUAAAUAGUAGAUUAAAAUUUGGCAAUCUGGGUCUUUAUGCAAGUUAGAUAUGGAGAAGGCCUACAAUCAUGUUAGUUGGGAUUUCUUGUUGUACUUGUGCUUGGGAGAUGUGGUUUUGGGAAGAGGUCGUGCUCAUGGAUUAGGUGGUGUAUAUCGACAAUGAGGUUCUCAGUUUUGGUGAACAGUAGUGUAGUUGGUUUUUUUAACAACUCCCGAGGGCUAAGGCAAGGAGAUCCUUUGUCCUCACUCCUCUUUAUCAUGGUCAUGGAGGUGUUGAGCAAAAUGAUUAUAGCUAUGGCAAACAAUGGUUUCUUGGCUUGAUUUUUGCUUGGUGAUAUAAACCAAGGUACUCUUAACAUUUCUCACUUGUUUGCAGAUGACACUUUAAUUUUCUGCGAGGCAGAUCAAAAUUAGAUUCAGGCACUAAGGGUACUUCUAAUUUGCUUUGAGGCUGUAUGAGGGUUGAAAGUGAAUUUAUCUAAGUCAAAGUUGGUCCCAAUUGGCAACAUUUGUGACAUUCGGCUGUUGGCUAACACUCUUGGACGUAAAGUCUCCUAUCUCCCUAUGAAAUACCUUGGUUUGGGGGCUGCCUCCAGGGCUAACCCAUUUGGGAUGCAGUCAUUGAGAAGAUUGAACAUAGAUUGACAAGUUGGAAGUGAUUGUACUUGUCGAAAGGUGGUAGAAUUACCCUAAUCAAAAGCCCUCUAUCAAAUCUACCAAUUUAUUUUUUAUCCUUGUUCCCAAUUCCAGCAAGUGUGGCAACAUGAAUUGAGAAAUCGCAUCGCGAUUUUCUGUGGAGCGGACUUGGGGAUGAAUUCAAAUUUCAUCUAGUCAAGUGGGACAAGAUAUGCUCUCCAAUCUCUUCAGGUGGUUUGGGAAUUAGAAAUCUUAGGGAAAUGGUUUUGGCGUUAUAAUAUGGAACAAGAAGCUUUAUGAAACUCGGUGAUUGAUUUCAAGUAUCGAGGCUUGUGGGGGAUGUUGCUCUAGGGACAUAUUUGGGGUUUAUGGUGUGGGAAUAUAGAAGCACAUUAGAUGAGGGUGGGGCAUGUUUGCUCGUCAUACUAGAAUUGUGAUGGGAAACGGUUCAAGAACUAAAUUCUGACGUGACAUAUGGUGAGGAGAUAGCGCCCUCAAGGACUCUUUCCCUACAGUGUUUAGGCUUGCACGUGAGAAAGAAGCUUCAGUGGCGGACCUUUUGGAGAUGGCUGGUGACUUAGUCCAAUGUUAUGUGAGCUUCACUAGGGGCGGCCCAAGAUUGGGAAGUUAGCAGCUUUGCAGAUUUUUGCUGACUCUUAUACUCCAUGAGACCGAGUACUCAAGGAGCUGAUACUUUGUGGUGGGUACUUGCCAAAAAAGGUAUAUUUCAGUUUGUUCUUUCUAUAAGGCCCUCAUACAAUCACAGAAUAAUCACUUUCCACGGAUAAGGAUUUAGAGAAAUAAGGCACCUACUAGGGCGGCUUUUUUUGCUUGGACAGCAUCUUUGGGAAAGAUUUUGACAAUGAAUAAUUUACGAAAACUCAAGGUUAAAGUAGUGGACUGGUGCUGUAUGUGCAAACAAAGUGGUGAGACUGUGGACCAUCUUCUACUACAUUGUGAGGUCACUAGAGCAUUAUGGGACAAUGUAUUCAAACAGGUAGAGCUAGCCUGGAUUAUGCCUGCAACAGUGGUCGAACUCCUGGCAUGUUGGAUGAACCCGGGUGGUAUUCCACAAAUCUUAGUUGUAUGGAAGAUGAUUCCUAUAUGUAUUCUUUGGUGCAUUUGGUAGGAACGGAAUGACCAGACGAUCGAAGACAGUGAGUGUUCAUUGGAGGAGAUUAGAUUACUUUUUGUUAGAACUCUAUUUUUUUGGGCCAAAGUUGUAGAUUUCAAUGGCCUCAUUUUUCAUGAUUUUCUUGUUUCUAUUAUUUCUUCUUCCUAAAUAGGUGCUGCAUCUUGUAUACCUUCUUGUGUACUUGAGCUAUGCCUAUUCGUUUACUUAAUAUAAUCGUUUACUAAAAAUAAAAAUAAAAAAGAUCGCUCCUCAAGGUUGUCAUCCAAACAAAAAAAGUAACCCCUGAAGCACUUUGUCUAUCCAAAUACAUUUUAAAGGAAGUGAAGAGGUAACUAGAGUGAUGAACACAUUGAAAAAGGAUUUAACAUCGAAGAUGUGUCUUUUGGACGGGACCCGACACAUUUUAUCACCACCAACUCUUCUUUAGCAAAAAGAACAUAACCUAUGGAAGAAUGAAGGGAACAACUCCAUCUUCCCCUCAUUCGUAAAAGUAAGCGUUAAAUCCUAAAUACCUGUUUAAAUAUUUUUAGAAGUUUGUACUUAGGUUGAAGAUUUUUUAGAAGCUUUUUUAAUUUUUAAAUUCAAUAAAAUUCUUAUUUACUGAUCAAAAAAAUAUUUUUUAAAUUGAUACAAAUUUAAAUUGAUACUAAAAAUGAUACAAAUUUAAAUUGAAUAUUUUAGAUUUUCUAAAAAUUAUGAAAUGAAUUUUUGUAUUUUUUUUUUUAAUUUUUAAUAGAUGAUGCACACUUGUCGAUUAUUUAUUGGUGUUGACCUGGCACUUUUAACAAUUGGGUAACAGAAUAGUGAUGGACGGAAUAAUUUAACCGAAGUUAAAGGUAUAAAUAAGGAGUAAAAGGUUCUAAAUUAAAACUUUGCUACUAAUCUGUCUUAGAGGCAAACCACAUGGGAUAUUGUAGUAUUUCACCAUAAAAGAUUUUUGGUCAAGUAAUUUCACCCUAAAAUUUACCAUUCCAUUGUGACCUAUUGUUAGCAUUUCACCCUAAAAUAGACCUUGCGCAAGUUUUUUGGUGCAAGGUCUCCUUACAAUCGAAUGUAGUAAACAAUUUUGGGAAAACUCUUUCCAAGGCCUGGUACUUGCACUACACAUUGUACCAAAACUUGAUUUGACCCACCUUCUCCCGCUUGAUGUUUUUCCAUUGUCUACACCCAGUGACCCAAUACCCUUAUUAAAAAACCAUCCUCUCACAUUUGACCGUACUUGAGUUCCAUCACCAAUCACGAGACACAGUUUCUAUCUCCUUUGCAUAACACCAUAACCAUUUAUCCAACAAAGCUUUGUUAAACAAAAGUAAAAUUCUAGCCCCCAAACCACGUAAUUAAAUUGGGGUAAAGAUCUUGGAUCAUUUGACUAGGUGGAACUGGAAAUUAUUGCCAAUUCCCCUCCACAAGAUAAUCCUUUGAAGCUUUGCAAAAUGCUAGGCUAUAUCUACAGACUACAGGGAUGGGAAAAAAAGAUCAGAAAUAAGUAUGUAGAUCAGAGAGAGUGGUCUUGAUCAGAGUAUGGUCCACCUUUGGAUAAGUAUAGCGGCUUCCACCCAGGUAAGUAAUGUUCCAUUAUUUCAAUAAUGUCAUCCCAACUGGAGUUUGCCUUAAUCAGCGCCCCCAAGGGGAGACUGGGUACAUUGGCAGGGAUGACACCUUAGAGGCAUGAAUAAAUGCAAAACCUUCAAUAUUAUCUACCGCUCCAAUCAACAGUCAUUACAACUCGGCCAAGUUUAUUUUAUGCCCUGAAUAAUUUGAAAGCAUAGAACUUGAUAGGAUCAAGAAGUAUUUAAGCAUCUUCUGGAAUGGGACAUAGGACAUGGGAGGUGAUAAGCUAUUUAUUAUUUUUAUCCUCCGAAGAGAAACUGGAUGGGAGUCCGUUUACAACAGUUGAUAGCGUCCUAUUAAAAAAUAUGCGCUUUACUUCGCUCAGGAUGCGCUUGCGCUUUGUGCCUAGGCUCUAGGUGGCUUAAGUGCGCCUAGCGCUUUUAACAAUACUGGUGAGGUAACAGCCUUAACUGACGUGUUCAGACCUGUAUAAUCUUUGUAUCUGAACGAGUAAUGAUACCCACACAACACUUUUCAAAACGCAUUUCACAACUAUAUCUUAAAAUAAUGGUAUUUUUGUAAAGUGAUGUUACUUUUAUGAGAUAUUUUACGAAAAUUACACUCAUUUUAAAAAAUAGUUGUGUACAGUGUUGUGAAAAGUAUUGUGUUUAUCCUGCUGAUUUGAGAAGAGGAAGUGGCAUUUGAGUUUAGAGCUGAUAAAAAAAUACGGACGUUUUCCUUUUCUUGAGGAAUGCAAAUCUUGUAAAUGUUCUUAACAAUGAGGGUGCAUUUGGAUGUCCUGGUUUCACUCAGAAUAAUGAGGGGCCAUUGUUUUGCUGGGGAUUAAUUAGGAAUUCUGUAUGAAAAGUUUAUGGGUUGCUUCAAAUCAUGUUCGAAACCCACAUUCACUUCUGUGCAUACAACCACUACAAUCAUGUUGUCUUCUACAGACCUAUUGAACUGGCUCUACCGUUCCAUUCAUUCUUUUUGGUUAUCCCAAGGCUCAUAGACUUCUUAAACAAAAUUUUCAAGUUACUUGUUAGGGUGCAGCUUAGCGAUCCAUGGGUAGGCUUGGGAUGAACUAUAGACUCGGACAUCUCAAGUUUGAUUCCACAAUAGGGUUUUCUGGAUUACCUGAUACAAGGUUAGUAAUACUAGAUACAAUUCUAGUGUGUGCAAAUCCUGCGCAGUCUAUUUGAGAAAAAUGGAAUUUUUCAUGUGAGUGAGUCCCAGGUGUGCCCUACUUUUUUUCAAAGUGACUGUGUGAGGCUUGCCCAUCCUAGGAUUAUAUAUAUGUAGAUAUAUCAUUUUCCUUGUGUUUAUGAGGUUUACCCUCUAGGGUGGUUCGAAAGGACCUGCCUUGGUGAUGUUCAACCUUGUAAAUGAAAAAGAAAUAAUUUUUUCAAGCAGUACCCAUGAAGAUUCUGUAUGUGUGGAUUGAGCAUGGAUAGGAUUAGCUGCCAAUGAAAAAUUCAAUCUGUGGCAAGGAUUGCCAAAUACACGAUACAUGUUUCCAGAAACUUGAAGCCAACCACUAUCAUAUAGGUCUAACCAUUGUGAGAAUCCUAGUUUUCACCGAUUCUAUCGUCACUGCUUAUUAUGACCUCACAUUUGCAAUUUCUGCAUAGAAUUGUAGCUCUGAUGGAACAUACUUUUUAAUUUCAGGUGGAAAUUCCCUUUCCCAGAUAUGAGAUGCUGUGGUAUGAUGCCUGGCCUUCCUCUUCAGGCCAUUUGAUUAUCCUGUAUAUGU